CCCCCUCUCCCUCUCCCUUCCCCGAGGCUAUGUCCACCCAGUGCGGCGAGGGAGGCAGCGCCAGAGGCACGCAGCCGCGCGGGGGCUACGGAGCCCAGAGCCAGCCCUGCAAGAUGCACUUAGGACCCCCGCGGCCGGAAGAAUGAGCUUGUCCUGGCUCUUCCUCCUCUUCUGCAGCCACCUGAUCCUCAGCGCUUGGGCUCACGGGGAGAAGCGUCUCACCCCCGAAGGGCAACCCGCGGCUCCAAGGAACCCCGGAGACUCCAGCGGCGGCCGGGGCAGAAGUAUCACGACGUCUUCCUCAUCUUCUGCCUCCUCACCAGUCGCGGCUUCCUCGGGCAGCCAAGGAAGCGGCACGGAGCACAGCAGCUUCCAGUGGAGCCCUUCGGGGCGCCGGACCGGCAGCCUGUACUGCAGAGUGGGUAUCGGCUUCCAUCUGCAGAUCUACCCGGAUGGCAAAGUCAAUGGCUCCCACGAAGCCAGUAUGUUAAGUAUUUUGGAAAUAUUUGCUGUGUCUCAGGGGAUUGUAGGAAUACGAGGAGUUUUCAGCAACAAAUUUUUAGCGAUGUCAAAAAAAGGAAAACUCCAUGCAAGUGCUAAAUUUACAGAUGACUGUAAGUUCAGGGAGAGAUUUCAAGAAAACAGCUAUAAUACCUAUGCGUCAGCAAUCCACAGAACUGAAAAGACUGGGCGGGAGUGGUAUGUGGCCCUGAACAAGAGAGGGAAGGCCAAAAGGGGCUGCAGCCCAAGGGUCAAACCCCAGCACGUCUCCACCCACUUCCUACCCAGAUUCAAGCAGUCAGAGCAACCUGAACUUUCCUUCACCGUCACUGUACCAGAAAAGAAAAAGCCACCUCGUCCGGUGAAACCAAAGGUCCCCCUAUCUCCACCUCGCAGAAGUCCCAGCCCAGUAAAGUACAGAUUGAAGUUUCGCUUUGGAUGAUGCUUUUCCUGGCCUUGUGGGAAACCAUUAUUCUGCCUCAGGACCUUCUACAGGCGUCAUGGAGCCCUGAAGGAAGCGCUCAGGCGCAGUGUCCCUCCAUCCCUCCGCUGUGCUUACACGUAUGGAAGUCAGGUCAUUGUUUCACUUUGACUGGAACAAAACUGUGUUUUUUUAUUUUAUUUUAUUUUUAAUUUUAAAUAGACACAGAAGUGAAAUUCUUUGUAGCGAUCCAGGGAACACAUCCCUUCAGCUCAGUAAGGUAUAAAGGCUUCAUGAUUGGAGGACAUUUAGCAUUCUACAUUUCUAGAAUGUUCAAAAGCCUGGACUAUAUGUAUUUUUUCUGACUUUUACAGAUCAACCUGAAAGAACAUACAUGAUACAUUUUUAUUUUUGUUUUCCAAAGAAUAUUUUAAUGCAGAUAAAAUAUUUUAUAAACAUUUGUUUUUUUAAGGUACCUCUACAUUGAGCAUAUUUUCUUACUUUUAUUAUUUUAACAAAUGUGCCACACACAGCUCAUCUAUUGCUGUUCGUGAACUAUAACCAUUUUGAUAUAGAUUGUCUGGUAGCAUGUGGCUCUCCUUUGCAUUUUUUUCUUUACUGCAUUGUUUACUUUGUUGUAGCCAUACCUCAAGUCGUGUAAAAUUAGUUCUAUGUUUUAAAAUGUUUAAAUGUGCUUCCCCAGCCGCAGAGGCUCAGCUUGGAGGUGUGUAUUGUGUAUAAAGUCAAGGCAUUAUGUGGAAUCCUACCAUGUUAGUGGCUGGGCUUUCUCGGUUAGAACCAGGAAAAUUGAGGGUAUUCUGAUGGGUUUAGAGGUUGGAUGUAAAGGACGGAGGCAAAAGCCCAGCAAGUGUGCAGCAUCUGUGUCGAUCUAAUUCCGUUUCCCUUGCUUCUGCUUUUGUCUACCCCUUGCUCUCAUUCAAGAACAGCUGAGGAAUACAUUUUAUUCUGUCCAUCAAGCAUACACCGUGAAACUGGACUGCUUAAAAAUACUUCUGUGACUCUCUGGUAUCCUUACUGUGCAGAUCCGCAGAGAGCAACUAAGUAGGGUGUGUGUGUACGUGUGAGUGUGAGUGUGUGUGUGUGUGUGUGUGUGUGUGUGUGUGUGUGUGUGUGUAACUGAAGGAGAUGAAUCAUGGCCAGGUAUUCAUGUUGAGACUCAUGGUCAAAAACACUCCUAUUAUUCAAUCAAAUACCUUUGAGCUUUCUACCCUAACGGCUACUGUAAGAAAACGUGAUGUAAUCUGACAUAGAAGCUUAAUUUGGGAAUUUGAUAAAUUGAAAAUGGCAUUUCAUUCUCAAACACUGACCAGAAAUCACAGAAAGUUUAACUUACGAAGAGUUACAAAAUUUAUUUUCUUGGAUAAUCAUUUUUAUGGAGAUCUAUGAAAUACAAGUGUUCAUCUUAUAUUCAUGAAUGCUGCAAUAAAAUGUGUAAUAAAAUGUGUAGAUGAUUAUUAGAUGUGUGUCUUCCAUAAAGCAGAAGCACUCAGACAAGCUUGCACUUGAUAUUCUGGCAUAUUU